ACUGGGUGCGAAAAACAAAUCACCAUGGCGGACAUGUGAUGAACCAGCGCUUAAUCUGAUAGUAAGGAUGCCUCUUUCUUGCAAGAUCUGUGGUAAUAAAGCAAUUCUAAAGCGACCUAAAACGGGUGAUGCUUUGUGCAAGGAUUGUUUCUUUGUCACAUUUGAGAAAGAAGUCCACCACACAAUAAUCUCCAAUAAGUUGUUUUCAAAAGGGCAAGUUGUUGCUAUUGGUGCAUCAGGCGGGAAAGAUUCUACUGUAUUAGCAUACGUGCUGAAAAAGCUCAACCAGGAAUAUGAUUAUGGAUUAAAAUUGAUUUUAUUGUCUGUGGAUGAAGGAAUAACUGGUUACAGAGAUGACUCUUUGGAGACAGUCAAGAGAAAUGAAAUGCAGUAUGAACUGCCAUUGAAGAUUGUCUCUUAUGAGGAACUCUAUGGCUGGACCAUGGAUGCUAUUGUCAAACAGAUUGGACUAAAAAAUAACUGUACAUUUUGUGGAGUUUUUAGACGCCAGGCUCUUGACAGAGGAGCAAUGGCCUUAAAGGUUGAUAAAAUAGUGACAGGUCAUAAUGCAGAUGAUAUAGCAGAAACAGUUAUUAUGAAUAUUUUACGAGGGGACAUAGCUCGACUGAGAAGAUGUACUGCUAUUAUCACAGGUACAGAAGGCUUAUUACCACGCUGCAAACCAUUCAAGUAUACUUAUGAGAAGGAAAUAGUAAUGUAUGCAUACUUCAAAAAGCUGGAUUACUUUUCUACAGAGUGUAUUUAUUCUCCAAAUGCCUACAGGGGUCAUGCCAGAACAUAUCUUAAAGAUCUGGAGAAAAUACGUCCAAGUUCAAUCUUGGACAUAAUUCACUCAGGAGAGAGCUUGUAUGUGAAAAAAGAUGUAAAGAUGCCAGUACAAGGUUUUUGUAAGAGAUGUGGAUAUAUAUCAAGUCAACCAUUGUGCAAAGCAUGUGUGCUGCUAGAAGGACUCAACAAGGGAUUACCUAAGCUGGGAAUUGGAAAAACAACCAAAGCUCAGAUUGAGGUCUUAAGCAGUGCUCAUUGUGGGGCAGAUUCAAACUCUGGAAGAGAAGACAGCAGCACAAGCACAUCUCUGGAAUUUUGAUCUGACUUUCAUAAUAAAUUAUACUUGAAUUCAAA